UCGCCCAGACACCGCUCAGCUGUUGUCCAUAAACUGUUCAUUCACAGUUUAUGGACAUUUUUUUUAUUUUGUCCACAGUUAUUCGAGCAUUGCAAAAUAGUUGCUCGGGCGUGAUUAAUUUAUAACCAGUGGAAUUUCUUUUGUUUUUAAUAAGUUUCUUUGCAGGUUGUUUUAUGUAUUCUGCAAAAGAAAGGUUUGCGGUGUCUACUUUACAGUACGUUGUCUUAAUAAACAUGUAUGAGGACAGCUGUUAAUGUGGCUGUGCAGAAAUACUACGGCAAGCGACUGGAAUCCUCGGGUGAUCUGCAGACAGGUGCCGCCUCCUGCGGAUCGUCCUGCAGACCAGCGCCCAGAAGCGUUACCGAAGCUCUGAGUGAGGUUCACCCUGAGGUGACCAAAAGGUUCUUCGGCUGUGGUCUUCCAUUUCCAGCAAAGCUCGAGGGCUGCAGAGUCCUGGACCUCGGCAGUGGCUCCGGCAGAGACUGCUAUGCUUUUAGUAAACUGGUUGGGCCGAAUGGACACGUGACUGGGAUCGACAUGACACAGGAGCUGAUCACCGCAGCUCGUCAGUAUGUUCAGUAUCAUCAAGAAAAGUUUGGCUAUAAGGAGCCCAACGUCACAUUUGUCCAGGGCUACAUGGAGAACCUCAACGAAGCUGGCAUUCAGAGUGACUCCAUGGAUGUUGUGAUAUCCAACUGUGUGAUCUGUCUGUGUGCUGAUAAAAGAGCAGUGCUGCAGCAAGCCUACAACGUCUUAAAGGAGGGAGGUGAGCUUUACUUCAGUGACAUGUUUGCCAGUAAGAUCAUCCCUGAUCACAUGAAGCAAGAUGCAGUCCUGUGGGGUGAGGGGAUGGGCGGCUCUCUGUUUUGGCCCGAUCUAAUCUCAUUGGCCCACAGUGUGGGUUUCAGCUCUCCACACCUUGUUUCAGCGAGCCACAUUGUGGUCUACAACAGUGAGCUCAAAGCAAAAGCAGGCGACAUCAGUUAUGCUUCAGGCACUUACAGGCUCUUCAAGCUGCCCAAAAGUCCAGCAAUGUCAAACGCUACUGUGACCUAUAAAGGGACGUUGGCAGAAUUCCCAGAUCAGCUGGACUUUGAUUCCUCCCACUGCUUCAAGAAAGACGUAGCAGUGCAGGUAAAUGGAGAGAUGGCAGCAAUCCUCCAGAGUUCCCGUUUCUCCUCAGACUUUAAAAUCCAGAUGUUGGAUAAACAGGAAUCCAAGUCGGAGACAACGCCAGAGUAUUGCCACCUCAACCCAUUUCUGCUGGCUGACAAACUGGGAUCCUCCGUGAAGCAGUGCUCUAAAACAAGCAAAUGAAGAGGCAAGUGACUGAUCUGAAGGCUUAACAGAAAAUGUUAUUUUUGAAGUUGCCUUUUUAAAGACAUAACUUUACUAACUAAUGGGGACUCUUGUAGAUAAUCUCACAGAUCGUGGCCAGUGACAUGUCCCCAUAUUUCAUAUUUAGACAUUAAAAUGUAUUUUUGUAGAAAACACAAGUUUGUUUCUCUGUAACACUAUCAACUCAGAGUUUGAGCUUCUUCAAGCUCAUGUCAUAAUUGCCAUGUGAACAACAAAAUUUACAGAAGUGGAAAUAAAAAGACUUAAUGACAUAAUAACCUGUGUUUAAUAUUUGAUAUGGAAUUUUACAACCGUAUAAUAAAACGACUGAAUUAUAGGGGAUUUAAACAGCAACAUUCAGGUACUGAGGUGGAUGCAUGACAAGCAGCUGCCGACAGGCUGACAGUGUUAAAUACGAAAUGACAUAAACAUUCAGGGGUGCUGAAACAGAAAAGUUUUCUUUCUCCCCAGUUAACUGUCGUGGCACUGAAGACGACACCUGAUACAGAGCUGUGCAGCAUAUCAUAAGGAAUACAUGAGCUACAACUCUGUUGUAUAAUGUAUUAAGGCACUACAGUACACAUAAAAAAAGAAGUGAAAAACAAA